AUGGCUUCCCCAACUGACGCGUCUAUAGAAGAUCUCCUGGAAGAUCUUCAGCUAAACCAUGUUAUUCUACAAAGCCUAGAGGAACAACGGCCAAAUGCCGUUGCUGAAAAGCAAGAGAUUUUAGAUGCCAUCAAAACAUUAGAAACGCGACUGGCAGAACUACGCGGUACUGCCACAAAGAGCCCGCCACAUAGUCGCUUUGCUCCCCACCAGGGUCCGGAAAACUCAUUUUUGUAUCGAGCGCAGUUAGAUGGAAGCUCUGGUUCUAGCCCGGAAAACUCUCCCAGAGGUUUACGACCGGAUCAGUCCACCAUGUCUCCCCCGUCGCAGCCAUUUCAGUCGGCGAGGAAGCUAGCGGAGUCAUUUCAACCUUUAGGGCCGUUGACCAUUCGAAAGCGUGGGCGAGAGGAAGACGAUGAUCGUAAUCAUGCCCAUGAUGAUGGUGUCGAAACAGACUGGACCGAUGAUCUGGAGUUACCCUCAAAGCGGGUCGCAACAAAGAAGCCUUCCUCUAGCCCGAUCUCAUUGCCUGUUCGUAGUCUUCAGGGGCAGGGGCAGGAUGAUGGCUUUGACGACAGCAUUGAUGAACUUCGAAAAGUGCUGGGCUUGGACAGUAAUGAUAUCCUCGAGCUCCAAGACGAACAGCGAAAAGCUGAACAAUGGCUCGAGAAGCGCAAGGAACAGGAACGCCUCGACGAAGAGUAUGCUCGUAGACUGGAAGGCUUGCAAGAGUCGCCCCGACCAGCUUCCGCCAGAAGCACUUCGUCUACUCACUACUCUGGGUUUUCUUUGCCUUCCCCCGCUCCUAGGGUUAAAAAUGGAAUACCAUUUCCCGAUGUCAAUCGAUCAAUGCCUGGGGCCAUACAGCCCACAGAUCUUUAUCGUUCACCAUUCGUACCGCCUCCGUUGCCUGAGACAAAUCGGCUGGGGCCUCAGCGCCUCCAACCGGCCCUCAUACCUGACAGCGAUGAUAGCGAUAUUGCCGAAAUCUCAGCUCAGGAUUUCGAGCUUCUCAUCGGUCCGUCCUCUAAGCGCCCUUUCAUGUCGCAGCAUUCCAUCGGCGGUUCGCGUUACCCAUUGCAAGACAGCUUUCCGCAACAGCGACCUUAUUCCAAUAUGUAUCCUUAUCUGGAGUCAAUGCCUGGUCCGAGUGGCAUCGGUGGACCUGGUCCUGCAUACGGCCCACAUGUAUUGCAGAAUACCAUGGCAAGGCUCAGUGCUGGGAAGGAGCUGCUUGAGCAUGCGGGGAAGUCCAUCUUCGGAAAUUACCCUAAUCCCUUCUCGCCCUACGAUAGCUCGGUUCCUCUUUAUCCAGGUCCCACCGGCUACGACAUGAACAAGUUGCCGGAGUGGGUGAGUGAUUACUACGGAGCUGAUCCUAAAAAGGUUAAUGAAGAGAUCAAACAACUUCUGGAGACUAUUAGACCCGAUUCGGAUAUUUCUACAGAAAACCGUGAGGGGACUCCUGAGGCCCUCAAAUUCACGUUGUUGGAGCACCAAAAGCUUGGACUGGCAUGGAUGAAAUCGAUGGAGGAGCAGGAGCAAAAAGGCGGUAUACUCGCUGAUGAUAUGGGCCUGGGGAAGACAAUACAAGCCAUUGCUCUCAUGGUAUCCAGACCCUCUACGGACGAGGAACGGAAACCGACUUUGAUCAUUGCCCCUGUCGCGCUGAUGCAGCAGUGGAAGCGAGAGAUAGGAAGAUUUUUAAAGCCUGGCCGUUACCAACUCUCGGUCUAUGUUUUGCACGGCGAAAAGCGAGCCGUAAGCUUUAGGGACCUGAAGAACUAUGAUGUGGUUCUGACAACUUUUGGAACCUUGUCUUCCGAACUCAAGCGUCGGGAAAAAUACGAUGAGCUACAGUCGUCUGGUGCGAACGAACAAACCCUGUCGAAGGAAAUUGCCAAAUCUUUACCGUGUCUUGGACCGUCCAGCAAGUGGUAUCGUGUGAUCAUUGAUGAAGCACAGUGUAUCAAGAACCGUAACACAAAAGCUGCCCUCGCCUGUUGUCGUCUUAAUGCCACCUAUCGCUGGUGUAUGAGCGGAACUCCCAUGAUGAACAAUGUCGAAGAGUUGCACUCACUAUUGAGAUUUCUCCGCAUCAAGCCUUACAGCAACCUGGAGCGGUUUAAUCACGAUUUCACACGGCCCCUCAAGGGGUCCAGUGUUAGUGCACAGCGCAAAGCAAUGAGACAGCUCCAGGUACUUCUGAAGGCAGUCCUCUUGCGGCGAACUAAAGACUCCAAGAUUGAUGGGAAACCAAUUUUACAACUCCCACAAAGGAUCUCAGAAAAAGUGCACGCUGUGUUCAGUGAAGAUGAAUUAGAGUUAUACAGUUCGCUCGAGGCUCGAACUCAACUUCAGUUCAACAAGUACCUCGAGGCUGGAACCGUGGGACGAAACUACUCCAAUAUUCUAGUCCUACUCCUUCGGCUGCGACAGGCGUGCUGCCAUCCCCAUUUAAUAACCGACUUUAGCGUCAAGCUCAACGCGAACACAGACGAGUUGGAUCUGAUUGCGAACGCGAAAGAAUUCGAUCAGGAUGUUGUGAUCCGCUUGAGAAGCAACAAUGAUGAUCUCGAAUGUCCCAUCUGCAUGGAUGCCGUUGAAAACCCAAUCAUCUUCUUCCCUUGCGGGCAUAGCACCUGUGCAGAAUGCUUCUCAAGGAUUUCCGAUCCGUCAUUGGCUCUGAGGCAGGGUCACGACGGUGCCGUGGAAGUCAAGUGUCCUAAUUGCCGUGGCAAAGUGGACCCGAAGAAGAUUACCGAUCAUGUGUCGUUUAGAAAGGUCCACGACCCUGACCACUCCCAUGACCCAGUUGAAGAAGAACCCGCCAAGUCUGCAGAAGAGCAAGACGAGAGUGAUGAUAGCGAUGACGGCGACAGCCUAACUCGAUUUAUUGUCAAUGAUGAGGAGGGCGAGGACAGCUCUUCCAAGAGGUCCAGGCGCAAGGGGAAAGGUAAAAUGGCCAAGGCUAAGCAAACCCUUGCCGAACUCAAGAAAGAAGCCUCGAAGAAUCAGAAAUCGAAACGCAAGUACCUUCGUCGACUAGAGAAGACUUGGGUGUCGAGCGCUAAGAUUGAAAAAGUCAUGGAGAUUCUGCGGGGUGUCCAGGAGGGCGAGGAGAAGACAAUCAUUUUCAGCCAGUUCACGUCUUUGCUUGACUUGCUCGAAGUUCCAAUUGUGCGUCAGGGCUGGGGAUAUCGGCGGUAUGAUGGUAGCAUGAAGCCAGGAGACCGAAAUUCAGCAGUGCUGGAUUUCACCGAUAACCCCGAUUGCAGGAUUAUGCUGGUCUCGUUGAAAGCGGGCAACUCUGGCUUGAACCUCGUUGCCGCAUCACAGGUUAUUCUCUUCGACCCAUUCUGGAAUCCAUACAUCGAGGAGCAAGCAAUCGACCGCGCGCAUCGAAUUGGACAGGUGCGAGAGGUACAAAUUCAUCGGAUUCUCGUGCAGAACACCGUUGAAGACCGCAUCCUUGAACUUCAGGAUAAGAAACGAGAGCUAAUUGAAGGAGCUUUGGACGAGAAGGCCUCCAAGAAUAUCUCUAGACUGGGAACCCGAGAGCUGGCUUACUUAUUUGGAGUUCACUAG